AUGUGGCUUCCUCCUGGACGAGCCUCCCCAAAGAUUUUUAUGGACAUUUACCAGCGACACUAUUUAAUUAUUUUUAUUUAAUUACUCAAGCUCAAACAUCAGGGUAAACAGCCUUUAAAAAAUCACUUAUUACUCGGCAUCAGUUGGCGAAUGCGACCUAUUCACAGUGAACAAUUUGUCAAAAUUUGUCACUACAGAUACAGGCGCCGCUCCCAUAUUUAAUGAAUGCUGUUAUGGCAUAUCGGAGCCAAUUUAGAUGUUUAACGUCGGUUUAUCGCACAUGCAUUGUUUUGUUGUUGGAUAGUGUUUUUAACAAUGAUCGGCAACACGAAUGGUCCAGCAUAAAGUGCGAAUUCAGAUACCGGUACCUUGAGACAUUGUGAUCGGCUACUAGGAAAAGAACGUCCGGAAUCCAGAGCUGAGGUCUUUAGUCGAUAAAGUUUGUUUCCACACCCCAAAAGCAGAGUGACCACCUCUAGUGUUACCGCACCGAUAGGAGAAACCAGUUCAUGCAACAAGUUGGAGAAAAAUGGAUGAUGCAUCGCAUGGCGGAUCUUCCUUGAAACUUAUUUUAAAAAGCGCUGCACAGCAGCGUUUGGCAUACAGUCACUAUGAUAUUGUCAACGAGACCAUUGACAAAGAAAAUACCAAAAAGAAUUGUCCUCAAGGUGAAUUUCAAAAGACGAUAGUGCUGGACGAAGCGGAAGAGAAGAAAAGGUCUGUUGAGCUUGCGCAUCGUCUUACGCAUCCCGAAGUCCAGGAUCGUGAAAGAACAUCGGCAUGCAUCAUUUCUGCGCUUCCGGCUAAAGACUGCAAAGCCGAUGUCCUGGAAAAGAGACACGCGCUUGCGAAGCUGCUCGUUAAAAUUUCGGGAAACACCAAGCAGAUCAUCAAGCACUUUGCCGCGGAAUUACAUGAUAAUGCUACCGUGCUAGUGAUUUUCACGGAAUAUGAAGGUGACUUCAUGCCUUUGUCUGCCAUGAUAACAACCCGGCGAUUCCGUGUAUCGCUGGUGCCGCAGUUCACCAGCCAAAUUUUAACCGGUUUGAGCGUUAUCCACGAAUACAGCAUUAUUCACAAGGAUAUUCGCUGCUCCAACAUUUUCGUACAAACGUCGGAGAAAGAUGGAAAAAUAAUAUACACGCUGAAGAUCGCUCACUUCGAGAAGUCGUCGUUUGACAGUACGAAAUCAAGCAACGGAGAGUACAGCAUUUGGCCAGAAGGUUCAUCACAAUUUGCUUCACCGGAAAUGCAGCAGCUCACGGUUAAUACAGACGACCAACGCACACGAAUCGGAUCCGCAACGGAUGUGUUCAGUUUCGGCUGCACCGUCAUUGAAAUGGUACAGCGUAGUCCGCCACGGUGGAUCUACUACAGAGACGGACAGAUGAUGCAGCACAGCUUUAAAGGCGAAAGUAAAUUUACCGAAUUUGUUAGUAACCUUCAUUCAUUGUCGGUUCACGCAGCGCAACCCGAUACCAGCGCUUUUGGCAGUCAAUUUAACGCUUUGGCUUUCGUUACCGCAUGCAUCACCAGGUGUCCGGACAAACGACCCACAUGCGCGCAAUUACAAGAGCACGCCCUUAUUACAAACUGGAAAUGUGAACUGUGCUAGAAAAUUUAUAAAUAAUAAAGCCAAAGUCCGUGGAAAACUGGGCAUUAAAAGGCGCUAUGGAUCGUUUCACAUCUGCUUGCUCUUUAAAACUUUUGGUCAGUCUGUCGUCCGUUCCCUUUGUCUCUGUUCUUGCAUCUAGACAACUAUCUAGCUCACACCAAAGCCGAGGCGAGUUUUUGUUAUCGUAACCUCUACGCAAAAAGCAGCAAUGAGUACGCAGCUUCUAUUGUUUCUUGCACUACUGAAAUGUUGCCAACUUGCCAUCGCAUUUUGAAUAUACGGUGUCCACAAGCGUAAAGCUGUUGAUCGUUUUGCGGCGGAGUGUUAGGAUUUAUAUUAUGAUUACUCAUUGUGUACCUAUGUGUAACCUAAUAUCUGAUCAUAUGCACCCAGUACACUGAUCCCUAACUGAUGAUACAUACGGGCUAAGUCCUGUGUAAGUGAGUGUGUUUACCGUACCCUGUGUGGUAAUUAAAGCCGUGUCAACAGCAUUGAUUACUUGAACAUCGUGU